GCAAACAAACCCGUGAAAUAAAUGGCCGCGAGAAGCCUAAGCUAGGCUAGAGAAAGUUGUUUGUUGCAAAUUAAAAAGUUCUAUAAUUUUCUUUAUUAAAGAAUGUUAUGAAAUGCGAGUGUAUUUGUGAUGAAAUGCCUUGGAAGUCUGUCUAAGUUUUUGGUUCAAGUAUCCUGUCUAUCAUUUUCUCUUAUAUCAGAGUCAUCGUCAUCCCUGCAUUGCUCAAGAGAAGGAUCAAGGUUGGUCAGAAAGGUUCUUGAAAAGAAUUUUUAUCCAAUAUUUGAUCUUCAUGGAGUGAACACAUCCGAAGAAUGUCCAUUAAAAAGAUCUCGAGAUUUGUACCACAUUCAAGAGGCAUACAAGCAGUUUGAGCACAAUGCAAGAUGGAGUUGUGAGGCUUGUGGAAAGGCUUUCUAUAAACAGGAGUUUCUAGAUCUUCAUAUGGAAAACAAACAUCAAGAUUUCUUGGUCAAGGAAGAGUUUUCCCCAAUAUGCCUGGCUGACUACUGUCAAAUGUUUCGUUGCGAAGCUGUGAGGAGAGAAAAAAGGAACAAACAUUUCUGGAGUAAAGCAUUAUGUAAUGCUGAGAAGAUGGCAAAACAGAAAAAGAAAUGUUUGCAUCUUAUACAAUCUUGCAUUCCAACUCAGGAGACACCAGAAUUAUACCAACAAAUUUACAAUGAGAUCACAGAAGAGACAUGCUCCCUUAUCAACUGCAAGGAUUAUUGGAAACCACUCCAUUAUGAGCUAUCACCGUUCGAAGUGCUUUAUUAUCUCACAUUUACGCCAAUUCUCAUACUCGCUCUUGGUAUUUAUUAUUACAACAUCUGGGAGCAUUAUUAUGGAGAUGAACCGGAGCAAAGGGCCGUUAGCGAAAGCCAAAGUGGACCGUCGAACGACAACAAUCUUCCUGGAUUAAGAAAACGAUACGGAAACAGCAGAUUUGAAUACUGAAGAGGGGUCGUGUUGUGACAGUUGAAAUCAGUGUUGUUUGGGUGCUGAGUUAGGAUAUCAUGCCUCGGGAAUAUAAUAUAAAAAAGUCUGCUUUUGGACUUUGGAGCAAACUAUCAAGACUCCGUCAGUAGGAAUGUUAUAGCAAGGCGCCUUAACUGUUGAUCGAACAGGAUGGUUGUUUCUGUCAGUUUUGGACACGUACAAUGGAAUAUGUCGACAACCGCAUAAGUCUUUAUUGAAGGGUCAGGCACUGAGUUUGUAACUUUGGAAUAAAAUCGUAAAUUUUAUAGU